AUGUCUGACAACGGCGAGGUCGAGGUCGAAUCCACCAACUACCAGGUCCUUCCUAAGGACGUUGUCUCCGAGAUUGGCAGCAUCAAGCUUUUCAACCGAUGGAGCUACGAGGAUGUUGAGAUUCGCGACAUCUCGUUGACCGAUUAUAUCCAGAUCCGAUCUCCCGUCUACAUUCCUCACUCCGCUGGUCGUUAUGCCGCCAAGCGAUUCCGCAAGGCCAACUGCCCUAUCAUCGAGCGAUUGACUAACUCGCUCAUGAUGCACGGCCGCAACAACGGCAAGAAGCUCAAGGCUGUCCGAAUUGUUGCCCACUCUUUCGAGAUCAUCCACCUCAUGACCGACCAGAACCCCAUCCAGAUCGCUGUUGACGCUAUUGUCAACUGCGGCCCCCGAGAAGACAGCACCCGUAUCGGUUCCGCUGGCACCGUCCGACGACAGGCUGUCGAUGUGUCCCCUCUCCGACGAGUUAACCAGGCUAUUGCUCUGCUCACCACUGGUGCCCGAGAGGCCUCUUUCCGCAACGUCAAGUCGAUUGCCGAGUGCCUAGCUGAAGAGCUGAUCAACGCUGCCAAGGGAAGCAGCAACUCGUACGCCAUCAAGAAGAAGGACGAGCUGGAGCGUGUCGCCAAGAGCAACCGAUAA